AGCAUACUUCUAGCAAUGUCAACUUUAACACUCAAUGAUUAUUUGGCCCCACAAAAGCUGGAUAGAGCCAUCAAAAAGAAUGCACUCAGACUGAAGAAAAGAGGAGAAUUAACUAAAUUACCUCCAAAGGGAAAGAAUUCAUCUAACAAGCUGGAGAAGAUCAGCAAGUUUCAAUAUAUCUUGGACAAAGAUGAGGAGGCUGUAAUGAAAGUAAAAAUGGGGCACUCGAGAAAUAGAAAGAUUUCACAAACAAACCUAAAGCUAGCUUCUUUGUCAAAGAUUGACAUGAGAAGAAAGAGUCGUAUGAAGUCCUCCUUCGGAACACUACCUAGUUUACAGAAGAGGAAGAUGAGUCGAUCAUUCGCUCGCAAUUCAACAACACAAGUUAUCCCAAUGCUUUCCAAUUUCCAGGACUUGUUCCAGAUAAAUAAUUCCCCUUUCAAAUUCAAGAAUGAAAAUGAGAACACAAGAAAUAAAUUAUCAUCAGGAAUGAACUCUAUGACCUUAAAAUCAGAUUUCCUGGGCGAAAAAUGUGCUUCUCCUCCCAUACUUCCGAUGUACAAAGAAAAGCUUGUAAACCAGUUUUCCCCCUUAAAGAUCAAAGAAGAAAAGAAGAAUUUCUUCAACUUUUCUGAUGUGUCUUUAAUGUCCAACAACACAUCCUUGCCUUCAUUGUCCAAUGACAGUGGGAAGCCAUUCAAAAAGCUCAGAAUAGUUCCAUUCAAAAAGACCACAAGCGCAUUUGGCAAUAAAAUUAUCAAGAACAAGAAGGCUAGCAAAAUUAUUAAAUUCAGAAAGAGGUUAAUGUCAAAUGAAGGAUCUCAAGAAAGCCCAUACCCUGUAUGAAGUGAGGGAUCAUUAGCACAAUAAAUUAGUAUAUGUUCAUUUUCAAUUGAUAA